AUGGAUACUAACGCGCUCAUCGAUGUCUUCCACGAGCGGGCCGUCCCUGUCAAUGGGUGUCAACUUUCCAUCCGGACAAGCUACCCUGUCAACAUGACAGCACUUUUCACCAUGGCCCAUUCAACGCCGGCGAAGAUGGCCUCUAGUGACAACACUGCCUGGAUGGUUCGUUUCCCUCGUGUGGGAAUGACUUCGGAUGAUUACACCGAAAAUCGCCAUGGAAGUGACCGCCCUGAACCUCAUCCGCAAUAG